UGGUACCAACGCAUGCGCCGUGGAGUUUUCCGGUUCGAAACAGUUGCGCGAUUUCCAGGUCGGCAUAUGUGUAAAGAAAUAAACAAAGAUUGAAAAUCGUGUUCACGGCUCUGUGGGGCGACACUUAACUUCCAUUUUGCAGAUGGAGGAACCCGGACAGAGACGUGACUCUGACUCUGACCUAGAGAAUGGUUCUGCUGAUGACACUGUCUAUUGCAAACCGUGUGAAGAUGAAGGUGAACACGUCAAAGCCGUUGGUUUCUGUCAGACCUGCGAGGAGUACAUGUGUGACCCAUGCAUAAAAGCCCAUAAGAAAUUCAAGGUGACCAAGAACCACAUUAUGUUGUACGAAGAUAAGAUGCCGUUCUCUGACCCGCCUAUCAAGCAAUCCGACAUCGGCAAAACUGAAUACUGUCAAGAACACGCAAAGGAGAUGAUCAAGUUUUACUGCCCGAUCCAUGAAGACAUUGGCUGCGGUGACUGUGUAUUACUGGAACAUCGAAGCUGUAAAGUCGAUUACAUCGCAGACGUGGCUAAAGAUUUUGUUAUUGGAAAUAAGCUGGAACCAUCGAUUAAACGAGCUGAAGAUCUUCUUUCUGCGUACAGAAGUAAUGCCGGGGAGAUUUUGGACGAUGUCGAAAACCAGUUCAAAGACGAGAUCGACAGAAUGAGGAAAUUUCGGGAAGAAAUUAAUAACUAUCUGGACCAGCGCGAGGAGGAGUUGCUCAACAACCUUCAGAAAGCGAAAAACGAUGAUGAAAACGUAUUGAAUUCACUAAGGACUGAUUGCGAAUCGGCGAAAAUUGAACUUGAAGCCAUGAGGACGAAACUGUCUUCCGGUGACCUCUCGGUGAAUCAGCAGUACGUGGCGGCGAGGCGAGCCCAGAAGAAGUUACGGGCGAUUCAUGAAGAGAUGGAGAAAAUAGCUGAUAGGAUUAAGGCCCGGCAGUACCGGUUUACUAAGAACGCGGACAUGGAGCAUCUGCUGGGAUCGAAAUUAGGCUUUGGUACACUGUUUUUGGCGGGAGAGAUUCGAAGGGAUGUUCCAGUUCCUGACCUCUCUACUGUGACCUUAAAGGAGGCGGCGGACAUCGACGUCAAAACGUCCCAGGACCAGAACACAUGCGGUAUCACCGGCUCCGCCCUACUCUCUUAUAGAUGCCUUCUAUUAGCUGACUACAACAACUUUAGUGUCAAACUGGUGGACGUUCCGUCCCGCACCGUCACGUCCCGCCUGCAGCUACCAGACAAGCCCCGGGACGUGUGUGUCCUUCCUAAUGACCAGGCCGCCGUCACAUUCCCGUUUACGUACAAAGUUCAGCUGCUGUCUACAAAGGAAGGGCAAUUGUCACGGGGAAAGGAAAUUGAAGUAUCUUCUAAGUGUAGCGGUAUUGCGUCUUACAACAACAGCUUAUAUGUUUCUUACACUUCAAACCCGCGUAUUGAAGAAAUGUCAUUGGAUGGUCAAAUUAUAAGUACAUUUCAAACGGAUGAUGGAAGACAACUUUUUCAAGCACCAUAUUACCUGACUGUGUCAGCUUCAACACCACCGACCCUGUAUGUGUCAGACCACGUUGCCAACACCGUCCUCCAGUUAUCCAUGGAUGGGAAGGUCCUCUGGGAGUCAGUGGACAAGCUUAUCACCCGUCCCGAGUCCGUGGUAGACGUAGGACUGGGUCAGUUGCUCGUGUGUGGGCAUGAAAGCAACAACGUGAUGCUGCUGACGGAGAGGGACGGCAAGAUGACGGAAAUACUGGGAGAGAAUGACGGAUUGACCAGGCCCUUCUCGGUGACCUUCUGUCCACUCACACGUGCCAUAGUUGUCGGGAUGUACAAUAGUGACUCACUGAAGGUAUUUAAAGCACACUAACAGUUUUUCUUCAUUUGGGAAAAUAUCCCCCUUUGGAAUCGAAAUUCUGUUAGUCAUAGGCGCAGGCAGACCUUUAUAAACUCAAGAACAACAUUUCUUCAUCAGUCGUGAUUUAUUUGUUUGGCAGAAAUAACAAUGUAUUGAGCAAUUGAAUAGUUAAUACAAUAGCAUUUAUUUUUCAACAUACGCUUACAGUAUCGAAUCGUUGUAAAUGGUUUCUAUCAAACUGAAUGACCAUUGUUAUUCAUGUUCACUAAACAUGGAAAAACUGAAUGAGUAUGGUGUUUGAAUUUGUGUAUGUGGUGUUAGUUUGUUGUUGGUGUUUGUAUUUGUGUAUGCGAUGUUAUUAUGUUUGUGUCUAUAGUUCAUUUUCGCUUGAGCCCUUGCCCUUUGCCUUUCGAUUACUGGGCCUGUAUUUUUCAUUCUGUUAUUGUUUUCCAAUAAAUAGGAUAACUCUUAA